GUUCAGCGGCUAAUAAAAGGGUCCACGGUAUCCAGCCUCACAGUCCUGCCGCCAUCUCGCCGCACUGAUCCCCAUUUUGUCCCCAUCCCCAUCUUGCAAAAGGAUGCCAGCAAAGGGAUCUUAAGUAUGAUCGAACGAGGGCUGAUUCCCCCGGCAGCAAGGAUCACCUUGAAGAAUCCCCCCAUUAAACCCCAAGCAAUUCCUCUGCAUAGUUUUAAGGAACCAAGGAGGAUUCCAACAGAAAGACCCUUUGCUCUGGCUCAGAAGACACCCCAGGUUCCAGAAGAAGUUGGGACGCCUCACAAGAAACGAAAAACAAAGGAGAAAGGCAGAAGGUCAAGAGGACAACUCGAUAAGGUCAUAAAAAUUGCUACACCGACUAAGAGUAUAAGAUCAUCGUGGGAUUAUGACUUUUUUAUUUAUGAUGGCACCAUAGACAAGGCAGCCCCAGACUUCCUAUCAUUCCAGGCACACUGUAGCUUAGCCUGGGGAAGUAUUGUUUCUAUCCUGCAACAAAUUGAGAAGUUUCUCAAGGACUAUGCAAUACCAGAAGCCAAAGUAAAAGGAAAGAAUUUGGUGUCUCUGCUUCCAGAAUUUGAGCUGAAGAAUAAACUUAGCAGAAGUGAUAUUCUGUUAGUGUUGGAGAACCCACAUCACAUACAAAACCUGAUAAACCUUCCAGGACAGAAGUUUAAGGGCCCAGAUGGAAGGGCAGCGGCUGCCAUCAAGAUCCAAGCCAUAUGGAAAUGUUUUAGGGCCAAAAAAUCCUUCAUUUCUUAUCGCCGGAAGAAGUGGGCCUCAGGUGUGAUCGCCCUUGCGUGGCUUUUACAUUGCCACAAGGCAAGAAUAAGGAAGAUCCUAAAGGAAUCUCGCCAGAGACACCUGGACAAUUUCCGCAUCCGCGCCAAGCAUCUGGCAGCCAACUGGAGUCGCAUCAGGACCUCCAGGAGGACCAUUAUCCAUAUCCCGUCAUUAGGAUAUAUCCAGUCUGUGCGACAACACAUUUCUGAUUUGGACAUAGACCAGAACAUGCAGCUGGGGAGGCUGUGUGACAUCCUAGACAACAAGGUCAAUGUCAUCUAUGUCUGCUCCAAUGCUAUGAAUGAUGAGUUAAAGCUGUACUACAAAAAACUCCUGAGUCUACAUGCAGCUGUCAAAUCAGGGAACUGUGAGGAUAGGACUGACCCGCAGAACAGGAUCAGAAUUAUCACCCCUGAAGCUGUAAACAUCUUCACUAUGAUAGAACAGUUGAGUCAGCUGGUGACUGACCACCUGGGAAUCCAACGCUGGCUCUUUAAAAUGAACACAGAAUUUGGAGGAAAUGGGACAGCCUUUUGUGACAUUCCUUCCCAUCUACAGUGCUACCAAUGGGUGCUAAAGGAGAGUAGCAGAUUUGGCCAUGAUGACUGGAAGAAGAAGUGGGCACAAGAGACAUCUCUGGUGAAAAUCUCUGCGGAGAUGGGGGGCAUUUUAACACAGCACGUACAGCCAGUCAAUGAGAAACGGUUCCCGACAUGGAGAAAAUUCCUCCAAACAUUUCUCACUCAAGGUGGCGUGAUUGAAGCAUGCCCGCCUGCAGACAGUGUCACCAACCUCACCAUAGACAUGUUGAUAGAGCCUGACGGAGAAGUCAGAGUGCUGUCCGUGGGGGACCAGUUCCAUGCUAAUGGCCCCUUUAUUUCUUCUGGAACCACCAUGCCUCAGACCUCAGUGGAUCCCAAAGUUCUCAGUUCUUUGUGCCUCCAAAUUGGAAACACCUGCAAAAAGAAAAAUGUGGUUGGUUUCUUUUCUGUUGAUCUGGUGACUUUUAUUGAUCCAAGCACCUUAGAGCAGCAGGUAUGGACCACAGGCCUCAGCCUCUCGUACAGUGACCAGCUAGCCAUGACUCAGCUCACGCUGUACCUGACCAAUGGCCAUCUGGAUUGUAGUCUAAGCACCCUGGAAGUGCCCCGCUUUCCUCAAGACACAAAAAGGAAAAAGAAGCGCCUUAGCAUCCAGGCAGACCUGGUGAAAACCAGUCGCUAUGCAUUGAUGACCACCCAGCUGAAGCACGAAAAUCUCUCGCUAAUCUUCUAUUAUGUUUUUCUUCAGAUGUGUAAGGCCCAUGGCAUUGGCUAUGACCUUGAGAACAAUCGGUGUGGAUCUCCAGGGGGUCCUCAUGACCUUUGCUCGCAAUCUCUUCAUCAUCCAUCAAGAAAUAUCAGUACCUAA